GUCCGAACCUUCACUCAGAAGUCUGCUAUUUUUUAAACGCUGUAUUCACCAAAACUGAUAAAACUAUGCAGGACAUGAGGAGAGAAUCGAAAUUCUAACCUCGAAACGUAAACAAAUGUUGGCCGACAGCACCUUCACAGAGCAACAGAGCGGUUGUGUUAGUGCAGCAAUGAAACACUUAACUUGAGAGGACAACUGAAAGUGAAGAAAACCCAGUAACUCACUUCGAGCAAGGGGAAGUCACUCAACUCUCAGCAGGAAAAUGCUCAAGUUCUGCCAUUUGGAAAUGGAAUGAAACAACAGUUCAGUAGCUCGGUGACUAUCGCUCACAGUAGUUGAUAGACACGUUAGCUCCGGCAUGUAGUGAAGUGUGAAAAUGACAAGAAACUAACUUUUGCCGUACUUCCUUUUGAAACCAGUGCAGUAGAAGGCAGAGCAGUGUUGGUGUUACAUGAGAAAGAUCGUCACCGAAGGAGUACCAACUUUAUGUUGGAAUUCGGAUUACUAUCACAGCGGUGCUUGUGACCUUACAGACGUAGUUUAUUUUUCAUGCGGUAAUAUAUAUUUUCAAAGUGUUCAGUUACAAACUAGCAAUAAGUUUGUUAUCGAAAUGUGUAACGAUGACGUUUAGUUUAUCGGCAUCCUGGUGGUUUUGAGUAAACAGUGUGAAAUUUAUCAAACAGAUGAAAUGAUGCUGUUUAAAAUGGAGUAAGAAAAUCUACUCAACACCAUCGCAGAAAAAAGGUUUGCCGUGUGGAAAACGUUAGGCGAAUGUUGGAAACGUACAAAAAGUAAUUUAAAAACGAAGGAAUUGAAGAGCAAUAAGUGUUUCAAGGAUGUGGUUGUGAAUUUCAAGUUACCUUUACCGACGAGAGUGCUUCACACCUGAUGAUGAAAUUCCUUGCCGGUAAAGUCACUGGCUAGUGGAACAUAAAUUACUUACACACAAAUGCCUGGUUGAUAGGCAGUGCUAAUCGUUAAUUGCUUGGAAUCAAGUGCAGCAUUCCUGUUCGCAAAUGUUGUGGUGUGAUCUUGAAAGCGAUUUGAAAUUCUUCUCAUCCGUGUCCCAAGUUGACGAUGGUGAUGAUGGUGAUGAUGGUGAUGAUGAUGAUGAUGUACGCAACGCAGUGGAAUAAAACGUAUGCAGAUCGACAUUCCGACCCGGUUUGUUGGAAGAUGAUGCCACUGGAAUGUGGAAUGUGUGUGACCGGUUUAAUGGGAUUAGAAAGCAAUUUCUGAGCAGUUCAGUUUUACUGCGGUGUUUGGGUACAAAAACCGGCAUAUAACGACAUACGGUGAUGGGGGAGAAAAUGGUGGCAGGACAAACGGAUGUCGUCUGGUUCUUUAGCUGAUUUCUAUGUUAGGCAGGCUCCCUUCAAGGAUGCGCAAGGAAAAUGUGUUUUGUGUGGGGAUGUAAAAGUGUGAUUUCUUUUUCUCUACGCCAUCCAUUACAUAUCGAUAAAGUGGGUAUUGAUCGGUCCAGCUGAGCAGAUGGGCGAUAUGGUUUAAGUGUACCGUUCACUUGUGACACCUAGUGUGGUAAAAUAAAUCCCGUAUCCGAUUAUACGCGCACACGUGAAACUGUGUAGAAUAGCCAUAAAGGAGGAAAAAUAGAUAAAAAAUAAACAAGUGUACCCGAGGAUCCUCCCUAACUGCUCCUGUUCAUUCCAUUUGGGAGAUAGCGCCCAUCGGCUUAUCGAAGGAUAAAGGAAGAUUCUGCAUGUGGGCGUGUGUGUACGAAACAGUGUUUGUGCAAUUCACUGUACCAUGUCCUUGUUGUGAAGCGUAAAAUUGUUCACCUCCAAUCGAGGCCUCACUUAUCUAUUUGCGUCAGUUCACAUAUUUUUCGUUCGUUUUGCAGUAGCUGCAUCCCGGGCGGUGUACCAGGUGAUAGUAUAAGCGAGUGUUUUGUUUUUAUUUUGUGCAUUAAGCACCCAGCUGCUGUUCGGUAUGUGUCGCGGAACACUGACAGCGUCUGUUACGGUAAUUGACAAUUUGUGUUGCGGUCAGCAGUACCGAAUGUGAAUUCGAAUAGCAAAACCACACACCGGAACAAGCGUGAACAACGAUACAAGCGAUCGCGCCUUCGUGGAAAGGGUUUUGUGGUUUUGAGUGGGUUCAAUUAAAAAACAAAAGCUUUUAUAAAAAAAACCCACAUUAUAACACAAUUCCCAAGCAAAGUGUUUAAAGCAGAAAGCAUCGAUAACAGUUAUGGCUAGCUGGCGCUCUCAACACGGGAUAAAUAUAUUGUUUCUUUUUAUCGUGCAUUUGAAUCAUGGCAUCACAAAGUCGCUGCAGACCUUCUCGGAAGAACAGUUCCUGCUGGAGCUGAGUGACGAUCGAAGUAGCUCACAGGGAACUCAUCCGACAGUACGCAGUCGGCCACCGUACCUUGGAAACCUACACCUUGGCUUUCACCAGCAACACCAUCCAGCACCGGAAACGAGUGAGAACGAAAUUUACGACUCGGACGAAAGUAAUCUGCUCCGGACGCCGCUCGACCGUGGGCCACACUUUGAUUUGUCCGCCUCGAAGAACAUUACAGCGCUGGUCGGGAAGACGGCCUAUCUCAAUUGCCGGGUGAAAAACAUCGGCAACAAAACGGUGUCCUGGGUGCGGCAUCGUGACAUUCAUCUGUUAACCGUAGGUAGAUUCACCUAUACAUCCGACCAGCGUUUCCAAGCUGUACAUAAUCCCCAAACAGACGAUUGGUCACUACAAAUUAGAUACCCACAGAAGCGAGACACGGGCGUGUACGAGUGCCAGAUCUCGACUACGCCACCGGUUGGACAUUCGAUGUUCCUCUCCGUAGUAGAACCAAUCACCACGAUCGUUGGUGUACCGGAUCUGUACAUCAACACUGGCUCAACUGUAAAUUUAACCUGUAUAGUACGGAACUCACCUGAACCUCCUUCAACUAUUAUUUGGACACACAACAAUCAGGAGAUCAACUACGAUUCGCCUCGGGGUGGUGUCUCGGUCAUAACGGAAAAGGGUGAAACGACGACAUCCUACCUGUUAAUACAGCGUGCCCGUACGACAGACACCGGAAAGUACGUUUGCUCGCCAUCGAAUGCCGAUCCUUCUACGAUCAACGUACACAUCCUUAAUGGGGAACAUCCGGCGGCCAUGCAGCAUGGCGGUCAGCUGCGGAUAGGAGAUCCACUGAACGUGUUCAUCCUCUGGCUGAUUAGCUUUCUACUCGGACGGCGAUGAAAGUGCAAUUCCGGAAACACAAACCACGGAUGGAAAGGGUCAAAGUCCGUCUCCAACCCCUUCCAGUAUGACCACAAAAUUUAUUCCGCGUAAACAAGCAGAGAGAGAGAGAGAGAGAGAGAGAGAGAGAGAGAGCCGUGCAUCACCGUGUGGCACAUCAAAGUGUGGCGCACAAAUUAGAGCUAAUUAGAUUAAAUGUGCCAGUUGACCAAAGUUGUAGCAGGUGCAGUACGCAACAACGGAAUGUGACUGGAUGUAGGAUAAAUUAAUUUGCGGUUUUCAAAUGGCCAAACGAUUGCGGGAAAAUAUUGUUCACGUACACAUACACUGAUUGGCGCUAAAUGACGAAAUGAGCAGUUACUAAUCAGGCCAAUGAUCGAUUUGACGAUGGAUGGCAGCAUCAUAAUUAGUUCGAAGUGUUAAGUGUUUUUUUUCUGCUGGUAAGCGUCCGGUAUAGUUGACAUUUCAUGUUGAUAUAUUUGCAUACUUCUAUCGGGUGUUUGAUUGCUUUCAUUUUUAGUUCUGCUUUUAAAAAAAGGAAUUUGAAAAUGAUAAUCCCACAGAUUAAAACGCAUUUGUUUUAUUUCGUUUUUAUUGCGUUAGACAGAAACUCCUUUCAUCGAAAAUGCAUGAAAAACAGUUUUGGAUUAUACGCACUUGAUGGAAUUCUCUAUAAAAGCAGGAUAAGGAGAACUAAACAAAUGAGGGAUUUUUAUUCUUCAAAAUUAUUUAAUAAAUCUCUAAUUGCUUUCGUGAACGUAUUGAGUCUCAUUAAAAGGAUGCUACAGAAAAGGAACUGUGGAAAGUGAAUAAAUUAACUGCGACUAAAUAUGAAGACAGUUGUUUGAUAAAUGCUGCGAAAUUUGAACAUCAAAUGUAAACAACCUACCCGUCAGUCGAUACAAUGGUCAAGUGGUUGUUUUAGGUAAAUGAAUAAUAAAGAGAAAAAAACAAUGUAUCUAAUUUUCAA